AUGCCAGCAUCGUGUGAUCAACUUUCUGAGGUGAAAGUUGCUCAACUAGACACACGACAACUUGACGAUUUUUCGUCCUUGUUCGACACAAAUUUUAAGAAAAGAGUGGGGCAUGAUGCGUUGGUUCCAUAUUGCGUUGUUUGCCCUGGGAAUUUUGUGGUUGACGGGAUCACCGGUUUGCUCUCAGUUACUAAGUAUAGAUGUCGAAAUCUGUGUACUGUGACAGGUUGUGAAAUAUCACCGGAUCGCUGUAAACCCUAUGGCAGUGUUCCGUAUUGUAAUUCAACUUCGGAUAAAUGUUAUUGUCUAAAGUAUCAGUGCAACAACAAGGAAAAAAACUGCAGCGCCACCGUAUGCAGGGAAUUUGAGCGGGCAGAAUGUGUCCUCAACAAGUUUGGAACCAGUUGCAAAUGUAUCCCCCUGAUUACCACGCCAUAUUGCAAUACCGGAAACACAACGUGCCACCUGUCGAACGUAGAUCAAGCGGAUACCCAUUACUUUAACGGCAUUUGUCAAAACCUGGGUUCAGAUUAUUAUGCGGAAACCUGUCGACGAAAUGGCGAGUGUCGAUGCGUCAAUACCUCACCACCGUGCACGGUGCAUGGUUGCGAGUCAUCUGUUCUUCGUUGUGGGCCUGAACAGACCGUGCCAUAUUGCAAUGCCACGUCUAAUCAAUGUUACUGCCUCAAGUAUCAGUGCGACAACCUCCAUAAAAACUGUAGCGCCACAGUUUGUGGCCCACUGGAACGGCCGGAAUGUAUAUUUGAUGAGUAUGGGACAAGUUGUAAAUGCGUGUCUUUCUUAGACCAGUGCGGUCUCAUUGGCCUUCCGGUUUGUUCUUCGAUCGUAAGCCGGACAGACAGACAGCAUUACGACAACAUUUGCCAACAACUGGGUAGUUCCUACUACGCGGUGGAAUGCCGUGGCAUGAGAAAGUGUAGAUGCGUGGAGAGAAUUGAUGGGUGUCGGCAGAAUUCUGAUUGUCGCUGUCCCAUUGGAAUGAAGAGUGAUUGCAUAGAGGAGAUUCACAGAUGUUCACGAUGUAGAGAAAAAUUGUGCUCGAGCAAUGAGGACUGUACACAGAGAUGCCCAGCAGGUCAAAUAAGUGCUUGUGGCACAGGAAGUUCCAAGUGUUCCAGUUGCGCAAAAAAUUGUUCCUCGGACUCUGAGUGUACUGGGGAAGUCUGUCCUACCGACAAACCACUCAAGUUGUGCAGCAGAUACAGAGGAUGUUAUUGUGACGCAAAUCCUGAGUGUACCACGCGCGAUAGCUGCCCUUCUUGCCCUAAUGGACUGAAAGAAACAUGCCGACGUGAUGGAACCUGUGGUUGUGUUUCACAGGCUCAGUGCACUGCCAACGAGGAUUGUUGGAAGGAGAAUGGAUCCAGCUGUACCUUUUUUAGCUCUCCAUCCUGUUGCUGGAGAGAUUGUAGUGGUUCCUACUCCUGUCGUUGCAUAAGCGACUGGGACCAAUCUGCUUUAGGCUGUGCAUCGGGUGGUAGAGGGAAUCAACAAUAUACAAAUUGCUGACCGACAGAUUGAAAUGACAGAAUCAAGUUCAUACCCAAGUUAUACGGGCGUGUUGGAAUAAAAAAAAAUAAAUCAAAUCGUUCAUGGUAA